AUGGCACGCAAGGUCAGCCAUGGCCGCACGAUACCCGCCGGGAGGCUUGCUACAGAAUCUCAAGAUGCAGUCCGAGCUGUGAACGGGCAUGUCCGCAAGCCUGCCUCGGCUAGCAAAAGCACAGAAGAAAGUUCAGCCGAAUCCGACGCAGACAAGUCACCUGAGCCACAGAGGCGCAGAUUGGACAGCAAAGUAUCGCAGAUUGAAGCGAGCACCAGUGAAAAAGUCGGCGCAGAGCAAGAAGCAAGCAGGCUGGCCUUGCAUCGGCUGCAAUUCGUCGAUCCUCAAUUUUCGAGCAUCACUUGUCUGGCUCUGACGCCGUCCACAUUCAGACCGUCGACCUGCAAGCAUCUCAGCUUCUCUCGCCCUGAUCUCUCCCAGGGUGCACAGGAAAGAGAACUGAUCGCGGUCGGCCGGGCAGAGUCUGGCAUUGAGCUCUGGACAUGGCUGGACGGCGAUGGUGCUCGCCCCCUGGUGACCGCUCGACCAGCAGCCCCAUCAUCAGACAGGAAGGGCAAAGCCAAGCAGAGCUCUCUGGAUGGCAAUAGACAAGGCUACGUGCAACUGGCAGUCUUGCCCCUGCCUUUGCCGUCACGCGUAGAGCAUCUCGCUUUCGCUCACCAGAACGUACUCUCGCCGUCAGAGGUAGAUCUCGCCGAUUCGACAGAUGAGCUCGCGCGGGAGCAAGCAAAGCUGCUACUCACUCCGCCUCGACUGUUUAGCUCAGGAGGCGGCAGCGAGCUUGUCGAGUGGUCUUGGCUAGGCUCACAGAGGGGCCAGAUCAGGAACCGCAUUGACUCGCAAGGCGGUUCGAUAUGGUCUGUCGCCAUCAACGCGACUUCGAGCAUUAUGGCCAUUGGCUGUGAGGAUGGCUGCGUCAGACUCAUCUCGCUCUGGGACGAUACGCUCGAACAUUCCCGCCGGUUCGAUCGUGUCGGCACGCGGAUGCUCAGCAUUGCUUGGGGUCUACCCGUCCCCUUUUCGGGCGCAAGACAAGGCCUAGAGGAUGUGCUGCUUGUCACGGGCGGCGCAGAUUCGAGCAUCCGCAAAUGGGACGCGCGUUCGGGGCGAUGCGUUGCAAAGAUGACGACAGAGCGCCGCAAGGAUCAACAGACUCUUGUUUGGGCCGUGACUGUGCUGAGCGAUGGCACAAUCGCUUCUGGAGAUUCGAUGGGCAACGUCAAACUAUGGGAUCCUCGGAUGAACGUCCAGUUGCAAUCGUUCGCGGCGCACCAAGCUGACUGUCUCUGCCUGUCUGUGUCUUACGACGGCAGAUCACUUUUCACUUCGGGCGUCGAUCAGCGCGUCACCGAGAUUGCCUAUGUCCCACAGGCUCGACGCUGGAGCCUGUCAUUUUCCCGUCGGGUACAUACGCACGACGUGAGAGCGCUGGCGGUAUCACCGAUGUAUGCGUCAAACUUACAAGGACGUUCGCCGGCUGCUGUACCUCUGCUGAUCUCAGGCGGCUUAGAUCUUGGUCUGUCUGUUUUGCCCAUCGCGCCAGUAUCAUCACAGAGGCGUAUCAAUCCGAUCAGUGACGGGCCUGCCAUCCGUUUCGAGGACGCUACGCAGCGUCGAUACUCUUAUGCGCCCGCUGCUGCCCCGAUAGUGCACAUCUGUCGUUCCUCGCGUCUAGUCGUCUGUCAACGAUUGCGAUCAAUCGGCAUAUGGCGCCUCAACGCCAAGAUGGGGGACGCCGAUCUCGCCUUGCCUUGGGUAAAGCUCGUGGACAUCGAGAUGAAGCUUGCGAGCAACCUUGUUUGUACGGCGAUUUCGGCGGAUGGACGCUGGUUGGCGACAUCAGAUACCCACGAGCUGCGGCUGUUCGAGCUGACCCAAAAAGCGGACGGCUCUCUAGCGCCCAGGAAGAUCAAGCCACUCACUGUAGCUGUCAACAAAUCUCGAGCGUUUGGCCGGAUCAAGGGCGCAUCUGCGAUAGCCUUCACUGCGGAUAACCAGCGACUCAUUGCGGCGUCGCUGUCAACCCAGGACAUUGCUAUCUUCCAUUUGGCAGAAGCUUGCAAGACCGUACACGUCUUUGCUCGCACACGAGGAAACAGUAGCGCAGAAAGAUCGAUCGUUCGGCUGACUAACGGGCAUGCACAUCUUAACGGCAACGCGAAUGGUCACGCUCAUGUCAAUGGCGUGCAUCAUGACUUGGCGGAAGGGUCGUCGAGCUCGAGCGAUGAUGAGGCCGACGCGAUCACCGUCGGGGACAACAGUGACCAUCCACCCAUCACGGCCUUUGCAGUCAGCUCGGAUGGACAAUGGCUAGCUGCCGGCAGUGGCUUGCAUGUCGAGAUCUACAAUCUUGACAGUCUCCGACAUCAGUGGAGCAUGCCGUCGACUCUCCUGCCAGCCAACGCUAUGACGUUUCUUCCAGGCUCGUGUACCUUGGUCAUCGGUCUGCCGAACAAUACUCUGCAGACUUACAAUGUCGAGCUGAAGCGCGAGCAACUCUGGCUGAGCGGCAAGCCCCUGGACAGCGCCGGCACUUUGCAACUUCAUCGCGACCAGCUCAUUGGUCUGAGCACCCAUGCAAGCCUCAAUAAGAUUAUCGCGUGGGGAUCGAGCUGGGCCCAGACAAUCGACUUGCCGCCCUUUGAGCAGCAAGGCAAGAAGCGUCGACGAGAGUCCGCGGUUGUCGCAGACUCGACCGCUUCAAAGCCCACGAGCGUCAAGUAUCAAUCUCUGCUUGCGUUUGAUUUUCUUGGCGCGAACGAACUUGCGGCUAUCGAACGGCCAUUCCAGAGUUUACUCAGCACGCUGCCAAAAGCGUGGAGCAAGCCAGGCAAAUUUGCUAGCUGA